AUGUCUAAUGCACCAAACCAAUUGCUCGUUGAGGACGUUCUGGAGUCGAUGCCUAAACCCCCAGGAAAGCAGAAUCCUCCCUAUAGCAAUAGGGGUAUUCCUAAACCCACAUAUGAACCUGAUCUUACAAGUAAGGAAGUCUUAGCCGACCCAACGUGGAAAGCAUCUAUGAAUGAGGAGAUGGAGUCACUGCUGAAGAAAAAAACUUUGGAACUUGUAAACCUCUCAACAGGAAAGAAACCUGUUAGGUGUCGAUGGGUUUACAUUGUGAAAUACAAAGCAAAUGGUACUAUUGAACGCUUAAAGGCAAGAUUGGUAGCGAAGGGGUAUACCCAAACAUAUGGGAUCGAUUAUAUGGAGACAUUUGCACCGGUACCUAAAAUCAACACAAUUCAAGUUUUGUUAUCUCUGGAUGCGAAUUUGGACUGGCCAUUACAACAGUUCAAUGUGAAGAACACUUUGUUACAUGGAGAUUUACUAGAAGAAGUCUACAUGGAUCUCCCCCCAAAUGUCUAA